AUGGGCACCACCACCACGACCCAGGACCUGGCUUGCAUGAACCGCCCCCAACUUGAGCUCGUCAUGGAUGAGCACAAGCAGCAGCACCUGCAAGAGCUCCAACACUACAACGUGCUGGACACCACCCCGUUUGUGUUCCUUCUCCUCUUCCACGGAUCUGAUAGGGAGCCCUGCUACGACGAGAUCGCCCAACUGGCGGCGCACAUCUGCCAGGUGCCCGUCGCUUUAGGUCCGGUCCUGUCUGGGCUGUUUCUUAAGGCGUGGCUGGGCAUGGAGGGCGUGACGGAGAUACCGAUCGUCGACCGGGAGCAGCUGUUCUGCGUCCACGCCAUCAUGGACGACUCGCUGCUCGUGAUCCCCGACGCGCUCGAGGACGCGCGGUUCCGGUGCAACCCGAUGGUGGUGAACGAGCCCAAGAUCCGGUUCUACGCCGGCGCGCCCCUGGUGUCGCCCGCGGGCCACCGGCUGGGCAAUCUGUGCGUGAUCGACAUGGUGCCGCGCCACCUCGACGCCCAGCAGAAGCGGUCGCUGGAGCAGCUCUCGCGCCAGGUCUCGGCGCAGCUCGAGCUGCGGCUGAGCCUCGCCUCCGUGUGCCAGCAGAACCGGCAGCUGGAGAAGCUGAGCGCGGAGAAGAGCCGCUUCCUGAGCGCGGUGAGCCACGACAUCCGGCAGCCGCUCGCCACGGUCAUGAUGUGCUCCGAGCUGAUGCUCAACGACGACGAGCAGCUGCUCGCCGAGCCCCACGUCGAGUUGGCCAACGCGUCGUUCACCUGCGCCCAGUUCAUGCACAACCUCGUGGACGAGCUGCUCCAGAUGGGCGAGUCCGACUUUGGCAACGUGCCGGUGCCGCUCGACUGCCGCAUGACUGACCUCGUGGCCCUGGUGCACCGCGUGGUGGCCUCCAACGCCCUCUACGCCCGCCCCAAGCACAUCACCCUCCACCUCGCCAUCGAGGCCGGUGGCGGCGGUGGCGGUGGCGGUGGCCCGUGCACCUCGCCCUCACCCGUCUCUCGGCGGCCUGAGCCGGGCGCCCUCGUCCUCGCAGCACCCGCCUCGGGCGGCGGCGGCACUCGGGAGCUGCUCUCCUACGACCAGUGGCAAGCGAGCCGCGUGGGCGCCCGCGACAAGAUCAACCUCUUCAUCGACCCCAUGAAGAUCGAGCAGGUGCUCAACAACCUGCUGAGCAACGCCGUCAAGCAUCGACGUGGUGAUCGGUCGGGUGGACAUGGGCGGCCAUGUCGAGGGCAGUCGUGCGCCUCGGUGUCGGUGAUGGAUCGCGGGCAGGGCAUUCCGCGGGAGGAGAUGGGCAAGCUCUUCCAGCCCUUCCAGCGGCUCUCGGUGAAGCCCACGGGCGGCGAGACGAGCACGGGCCUCGGGCUGGCCGUCACGCGCAACAUCGUCCUGGCCCACGCCGGCGACGUCCAGGUGGAGAGCGAGCAGGGCCGGGGCAGCACGUUCCGCAUGCUGCUGCCACUCCCCACGCGGUCCGACCUCAUCGAACCGUUGGCCGGCAACGCGGCCGCACAGCAGCAGCAGCGCCGACCGAGCGCCCAGGCGGGCAUUCGGCGGCCGCUCGCCAAGACGGGGUACAACGUGCUGGUGGCGGACGACAACGCCAUCAACCUGAGCCUCAUGACGCGGAUCCUGCAGCGGCACGGCCACGCGGUGUGGACGGCAAGCGACAGCGAGGAGGCGCUGGAGCUGUUCCACGAGAUGGGCGGGCACGAGCACUUCCACGUCCUGCUGAUCGACGAGGAGAUGCCGCGGAUGUGCGGCGUGGAGAUGAUCGUGCGCAUCCGCAAGCUCGAGGCCGAGCGGGAGGAGAACAGGGCGAGGUCGCCGCGCAUGCCGCUGGUGUCGGUGACAGGCCACGCCGACAGCGAGCACAAGAGGGUGAUCCAGGCGGCCGGCGCCGACGAUGUCUGCCCCAAGCCGUUCAACGCCGACAGGCUGCUCCAGACCGUGGAGCGGUUGGGCGCCCACUACCACCACCAGCAGCAGCGGCAGAGGCAGAUCUCUGGGACAGACCACCUAAAUUAA